UGCAUCUCUUCAAAGACAAAGGAGGCCCUCCAUCAGCACUCAGUCUCUCCCAGAGUCCAGUACAAGAAGGUCCACGAUGCCGGACACAAUCAUGUCCAAGGAGCCCAGUUCCAAUCUGGAGAGUGCCAUGCAGAUGCUCAUAAAGACGUUCCACAAAUACUCGGGGAAGGAGGGCGACAAGUACACGCUGAGCAGGGGUGAACUGAAGGAGCUUCUACUAGAGGAGCUGGGGAGUUACUUAGGGAGCUCCAAAGAUAAUGAAGCAGUUGAGAAGGUGAUGAACGACUUGGACGCCAACAAUGACGGGGAGGUGGACUUCACUGAGUUCAUCAUUCUGAUGGGCGCCCUCACGGUUGCCUGCAAUGACUUCUUCCUGGAGUACAAAACAGACGACAAACCCAAAGACGGAAGCAAAGGCGAGUCGGUGGAGAAGAAAGAUUGAAUCAGUGCAAG